AUGAUGCCCAUUAAAAUUGUUUACGUGGUAUUAAGCACAUUAGUGUUAACAAACAAAGUAAAUAGUGACCAAAACAAAAGAGCCAUAGAUAUUGAGUGGGAAGCCGUACAUCCACCCUUUGAUCCAAACAUAUACGAGGAAAUUUUAGAUCCUGAGCUAUGUGCAAAACAAAUCGAAUAUUUGAUUUCCAACGAUACGCUUUUGCUGAUGACAUUUCUCGAGACAGGCCCAAGGAUACCACGUGGAAUUCUGCAAGGAAAUCUUAUAGAUCUAGGAAAUUACCACCAAUGCCUUGGUAUUAACAAAGAAAUCGAUGAUAUGGUUAUUGACGGGAAGUAUUGCCAAAUAGGAAUUGGAUUGUCAGAACUUGAAAUUUUGGGUAGUAGAACUGAAGUGGAAAACGCAAAAAAUGCAGUUGAUAUAAUAUCUAAAACUGAUGGAAUAAAUUUAUAUAGAAAAUUACGAAACAAUUUAGAAGUAUUGGAUGGGGUAGAAAGUAAAAACGCCUUAAGAAUGAGUGCAGAUAAUGUGGACGAUUUACAGUUUAGUGUAGCUAUUUGUGUACCCAAGCCUUGCUCUGUGAGACAAGCGAUAGAAAAUCUCACUGAGUUGAUACAUUUUGAGGAACAAUUUUGCCGAUUUAAAAAUGACAAACCUUUGGCACCAGGGGUCUAUGUGGCUAUUGUAUUCUUCAGUUCAAUUGCUUUACUGGUUAUUCUUAGUACAAGCUAUGAUAUCUGGAAUACAGUUAUUCAUAAACGGGAUCCCAAAUCUCUCAGCACUAUUUCUCUAUCGUUCUCAGCAUAUACAAAUGCUCGACAUCUCAUCACUUUUAAACCAGUUCGCGGUGCUUUAGAAUGUGUCGAUGGCAUCAGAGCAAUAUCUAUGGCUUGGAUUGUAAUGGGGCACUCGUUCGGUGUUUUUCCACCACUUAUGAAUAUUUUGGACUUUUUUCAGUGGGGUAUGUCAGUUGGUUCAAUGUGGUUGACUACAGCACAUAUUGGUGUGGACACAUUCUUCAUGCUAAGCGGUUUGCUAAUCGUCUACACUACAGUAGGAAAAAUUAGCAGUAUGAAACUAUUAAAGAACCUUCAUCUAUUUUAUCUAAAUCGACUUCUUCGAAUGUUUCCUCUACUGGCCGCAACCAUAUUGUUGCAAGUUGGCGUGUUACAUUACAUUCAUGACGGUCCUAUGUGGAUGACAGUAGCUAUCCAGACUGAAGAUUGUAGAUCGAAAUGGUGGUUAACAUUGCUUUAUGUGCAAAAUUAUUUUCGACCAUCUUGUUUAGGUCAUACCUGGUACUUAGCAAUUGAUAUGCAGUUACAUAUUCUGUCUCCACUGAUUUUAUUCUGGGUAUUGUCAGGCAAAAAAAAACUGGCAUGGUCGGCUUUGAUUGCCUCACUAUUAGUUUCUCUCACGGCGUCUUCAAUUUACAACUUUAUGUAUAACUUCAUUGGGUCUUCUAUACGAUUUAUAUUGGACCUAGAAGAGAUCGACCGAUACACGAGGUAUUAUUACUACAAUACAUUAACAAGAUGUUCACCUUUCUUUGUUGGGAUGUGCUUUGGAUAUUUGAUCCACUACUGGCGCGAAAAGAAUAUUCGAUUAACAAAAAUCAUGAAUUGUAUGUUAUGGAUCGUUGAUUUAACCAUAUUGUGGUGUGCUUUCUACGUGUCCACGCCGAUGAAAAAAGCUGCCUUUGAUAACCAAACUAUGGACAACUUAGUGAAUUCUUUCAUGCGACCAGCAUGGGCUAUUGGGCUUGGUUGGCUCAUUCUUGCUUGCGCUGAAGGUUACGGAGGCCCAAUCAACUGGUUUCUAUCCUUGCAAAUAUGGAAAUUGCCAUCUCGGCUUUCAUACGCGAUAUAUUUAUUGCAUAUGCCUAUACAGUUCGUUAUAAGCGGAGCAGCUUCGCAACACGGCUAUUUUUCUGUAUCGAAUUUUAUUUUUAUAUACAGCGGUGAAGUUGUAAUAAUUUUUAUAGUCAGCUUUGCUUUUACAAUUCUGGUGGAAUCUCCGUUUUCCGCUAUUUUCAAAAUGCUCUUAGGAGGUGGUAUCAAGAAACCUAAGUCAGAGAAACGAGAUGAUAAAAAAAAUAUUCAAAAAUCUACUUGCGACUAA